UUGCUCCAGCAGCUUUUCCUUUUUUCCAUUCGGAAAUAGACAGUUUCAGAACCCCCCUAGUGCAAUCCCCCGAGUUGGGUGGUUUAUAUGAACCCCCAUCUGACAUCGGCUGGCGUUUCUGGGUGCCAUCGAUUUUCCUCUGAAACCACUGUACCGAUUACACCAAGACUGACCGGACUGUUGGCCAAGCGUUUAGAUUGAGGAUGCUAGAGAUUGCCCAGGCGCCCGCCACCUUUUGGAGAGUCCUUUGGAUUGACCCGGACCCAUUCGACCCCCAUUGUUUUGGCUUCAGACUGGGGGCCUCACGAGGUGAAUCAGCCAGCUUCAUAAGUCAGUUCUACUCCGCCGGAGUCGCCCGAGUCCCUUCUCCGCUCAACGUUAAACAACACCGUUCUCCGUUAGGCCACGAGAAGUGCUUCCCGGAAUGGCCCUCCUGGCCGGUGCGGAUUUGCUGCGCGCAUCAUCUAUCGAAGCCAUCGUACUUCAAGGCAGCCUGGAAGGUGCUGGCCUUGUCCAUCUUUGACGACGAGGACACGGAACGUGAACGACGGCACGCGAACGUGAAGGGCAUCAUGGCCUACCACAAAUCUGGCGUGACACUCUCGACGGAGCUCGUGGGUAACGUGGUGCCAGGGCCCUUGACGCGGCUGCUGUUGAAGGAUCCAGAAGAGAAGGUGAUGGUGCCACAUGACUUCCACGUGACGAAGUUCGGGGACCACAAUAGCCCCAGGGGCGGCAGACCUGUGAUCACGCCCUUUUUCCAGGCCUUCACCCGAACCUUCAGCCACCUGGCAGAGCAGCCAGUGAGACGCGACCUAUACACGCAGGACAUGAUCAUCCACUUUUCGAAUCCCUUGAAGUCGCGGGAGCCACAGUUCCAAGACUUCAUGCGCCAAGGUGCAGGCAAGCUGCUUCAUUUGGUGCGGAGACCAUCAGAUAUGAUUCUGUCUGGCUAUAUCUAUCACCGUCAAAAUUUGACCACAGGAGAAGAAUGGCUGAGGUUUCGAAAUCCUCCGGACUGCUUAAGCUGUGAUCAUGAAGCGUGGUCCGACAUUUUUCGGCUGUGUGGCUUCCGCUGCAGCUACAGUGAGCUUUUGCAGAAUCUCACGAGCCAACAGGGCUUGCAGGUUGAGCAGUUGAGGAGCCGUUGGGAUAUUCUGAAGAUGCUGGAAAACGCCCAUGCUUGGCGAGACUUGGACCAUGUGCUCCAGGUUCCUAUGGAAAGCUUCCGACAGGAUUUCAACGGCACCCUCCUUUGCAUCGCGCGCUUCUUCUUCUCCCGGCCAGUGGAGGACGAGUCUGCAGAUGCGCCUCCGGAGUUUCGGCAGUUUCUCGAGGAGACCGGGGCGGAGUCUCAGCUCCACUCGCCCAGCUUCAUCGAGUCCUGCCGCGAAACGCUGCAGCGCGGCGGCCGCUGCGCGGCGGCUCCACCGGGCGAGGACGAGGCGAAAUUCGUGUACCGGGCGACAACGCACGUGGCCGCGAAGCUGGAGAAGAAGCGAUUGCACGAGCUGCGGCGGACGCCGGGCUGGCGCCACUUCCUUCCCUUUGCGGAUGCUGCGCUGGAGGCCACGUUGCAAGGCAGCCCCACGCGGCGGAUCUUCGGCUGUUCGGAGUGCCCGACGAGUGGGGCGCCGGAGGAGUGUUGGUGCUUGGUCGAAGAAGGAAAGGAAAGGGUCCAAACGACGCCCAACUUCGUGUUGAUCGAUGUGAACGUCCACGGGAGGUGUCCUCCAGGCUCACGGAAAGCUGACCAGCAGGGCUGCCAAGAGUUCUACAAUGCGUGGCCUCUGAAGGAUUUUAGCCUCUUGGCCGAUGGCAGUUGUGGCGUGAUCUUGAACCAGAAGAGAUUGGGGAUUUGCAAGUGGCAUCAGCCGCCGAAUUGCCCUCCGGGGGGUCUGAAUCAUUGCCACUUGGGGCCUUGCUUUUGCAUGGAGGUGGACCCCUUCUGCGGGACGGCGGAUGAUGAGGAUGAGUGCGAAUGGGUGUUGAAGGGUAUCGCCAAAGGAGUGAUGCUUCUUUUUGGCCUUUGCCUCGUGCUAUCCAAUGUUCUGCUGGAUGCCACAUUGUCUCCAGACAUGGAUAUUCUGCCUGGUAUCUUGAAAACGCUCGGCCUGCCAAAAAACAAGCUGCUCCGCUAUGAAGUUUACAAAGAGCAGAUUAGAAAUGGGGCGUUGAGCUGCAAUCGCAUCAACGAUCAUGAAUUCCAUGUGAAGUUCCGAGGGCUCGGCGGCGCUUGCCAUGUGAUCGGCAUCUAUUUUCAAGAGCAGAAGUUGACGGGGCAGCUCUCAGCAGAGAUGAGCCGCUUGACGAAGCUACGCACGAUCCAUUUGGAGAAGAAUCAGCUCACGGGGCCCAUUCCAGACUUGAGAGCCGUGGAAUCCUUGAGCUUGUUGAAUUUAUCGGCCAACCAGCUCUCGGGUCCCUUGGUGGCCUUGCCAAGCAAUUUGAGACUCGCGAUCUUGUCCAACAACCAGUUGAACGGCUCGCUGCCUGAACUGAUGAGCUUGAGGAAGCUGGAAAAACUCUACGUGAUGCGCAACAACCUGUCGGGUUUCCUUCCGGAGCUUGGGGAGAUGAAGGCGCUGCAAUACGUGUCACUGGAAGGGAAUCGCUUGGAGGGUCCUAUCCCCAAGAAGAUCUGCAACUCCGGUUUCAGGUAUUUGUCCUUGGCAGAAAACCGCCUCACGGGCACCAUUCCACCAGAGCUGUGGAGGUGCAGUCGUUUGAAGGUCUUGAAGCUGGCGCACAACCAACUCGAAGGAGCGAUUCCUCCGUUGCCCCGCGAAGGAACGAGCGCGGUGGACGAGGUGCGGACUGGCAUCUUCCGGGAACCGCGCACACGCCGCCUUCGUGCGAACGACGGUGGACGUUGGGGCUUGGAGAUGACGCGGCUUCUCUUGAACAACAAUCGCCUGCAGGGGGAGAUACCGUGUUUGAAGAGACUCACCAAGUUGAAGGAACUAAAUCUGGGCGGCAACCGCUUCAAGGGUGCUAUUGGAUCCCUUCUGGAAAGCUUGCUGCACCUGGAGGCCGUGGAUUUGUCCCUGAAUGGGUUGACGGGGGCGUUUCCAGAUUUGAUGACGCUGACGGAACUGAAAUCUUUGAGCUUGCAUCACAACCAUCUUAUUGGGGAGGUGUCUGCAAGCCUGGCAAAUCUCACAAAGCUGCAGGAUCUCAUGUUGGAUCACAACCACCUGACCGGAGCUUUUCCGGAAGCACUUUGCCAGAUGCCCAAUUUGCAGAGCUUACAUCUGAACCACAAUCGUUUCACUGGGAAGCUUCCUGAUUGCUUCGAGUGGCCCAGUAGCUUCAGAAUCUUGACAAAGCUCUUCUUAAGCAACAAUCAGUUCCAUGGUCCGAUUCCACGUCUGACCGGCUUUGAGCGUUUGGCCGUUUUGACUCUACACGACAAUGGUUUUUCUGGACACCUUCCAGACUUGUCGAUGACUCAAACAUCUGUGGUGACCUUUCACAACAAUCAGUUCUCAGGCAAGAUUCCAAAUAUGAAUCUGUGGGAAAGAUGCAUUGACAAUGAUCGGUUCAAGUUUCUUGGCAAGACCUGCAAGCAGGUCGCGAUGGCCAAUCAAGACUGGGGUCUCGCGUGUGAGGAGAUUUCAAGCAUUUACCACAUUGACAACCGACGUUUGCUCGCCAAUUGUCCUAAGACUUGCGGUACUUGUUGGAAGUUUGGGCUGCGACCAUCAAUCACUUUGCAUGCCAACCGGCUCUCCUGCGCGGUUCCAGACCAGAUCAGCGAAAAGGCAGCGGUGGACCCGGCGGGCGUACGAGCCUUGGCGGUGAUGGGGAACAUGUUGGGUGUCGGUGAGACCUUGGACGUGGAGUGGAUCGAUGAUGAGGAGGAACAGGAGUUUCUCUACAACUCGGCGGAUACUUUCAGAGGUGAGUUGCUGAUUCUUCUUCAAUUCCUGGUGCUUGGCCUGAUCUCGUGGCCCCUGAAGAGAGCGAUCCUGGAAAAUGUGUUUUUGCCCGAGCAGGCAAAACCCACAGCGCUGGGCAUUAGAUUGAUGAACGCCUAUGUGAGAGUCUUACGGAUUGUCAGCGGAAUCAAUGCCCUCACUUUCUGGAUUUGGCCUGUGUACAUCUGGGGUGCCAGGUACUACACACGUGGGAGGAACCUCUCCCGAAGCAUGGCGGCAUAUUUGGUUGAAAACUCAGCCGCAGAGAGCCUGGUCGUCAUCUCGUGGUGUUUCAUGGCAGCCUUCAACAGCUUGGCGGUAAUCACACUCAAGGGCAACCAAUCAAGAUACCCAGGAGGAGGAGAUGCACACCGCACAGAGAACUGGAAGCUGGACGUCUCGAAGUGGGUGAAGUGGCUCUUGUGGCUCUCGCUGUGCUUCCUGAUUGCAUCGCCCGCCAUCCUCUUUGCCAUGUCCGAGGCCUUGCCGAAAACCAAGAAGAACGGGUACGACUUCGAUUUGGACCUCGCACUGCAGGUGUGUCAUUUUGCUGCUCCCUUCAUGAGCGUUGUGAUUGACUUGCUCUUAGCCAGCUCUCUCAGCAAGAUCUUCUCCAACGCCACCGGGCUCAAGGCAGAUCGACUGCUCAUGAUGAUGAAGCUCUGCUCGGAAUGGCUCUCGCCCGUCCUUGCAACCAUUCUGCUGCACGAGAACUGUGCGGCUGGCUGGAAGCCCUUCUUUUGGAGAGUCUGUCGUGACGAGACUUCUCCACUGCACGAGCGCUUCGAUUGGCAGGUCUUUGAUGACAAAGUUCUCACUACCGAGGAGAUUUGCAGCUUUCAUUUCUUCGACCUCAAGUGGAUCAGCAAUGGUGCUUGUAGCCGGUCUGUGGUUGAAGGUAUGGGGGCGUUCCUGAUCAAGAAGACUCUGUUGAAGGCAAUUCUGAUCCCAUUCAUUUUGGCCUCAGCUUUUCACCUCUUCUUUGACCCGGACGAUCUCAACUCUGAGCAUGCGUGCAUCCGCAAGACGCGCGGGUGCUUGAAGAGACUACCACCCUGGCUCCUGGAGUUCCUGCAAGGCAAGUUGGCGAAGACAGUUAACUCCAUGCCGCAACAUGCGCAACUCACCACUUGGCUUGAAGUUGCUGUGAUAUGGGGUCCUUUGGUCCCGUUGCUGAGCCUCGCAGUGUUGGCAGCUGUCGCCACCAACUUUUUAGUCGUACAGUUGGCCCUAUCUCGCGUGAAGCAGCCCAGUGAUGCCGAUGAGAACGACUUGAGAGCGUCCAUGUCCUACUCGUACUUGCACCUUGCGGCGAUGUCAAGUUGGGUCCUGCAACUCUGGUAUGCCUUCAGCACUGGUCUUCGCUGCGGCUUCUUGUUGCUGCCGCUUGGAGUCCUUGUGAUGCUGCCACAAACGCUGAUGAGGCCCGUCCUCAGGUGGUUUCCCUGGAUCCAGAAGUGGCUGGAAGCUGAGACGCCCAACGAGCCGCAUGGGAUGAAUGCCAUCGAAUUGGCGGCGCCGUGUGGGUGA